AAAGUCGCAUAUCAGCUAUAUGAAAAAAGACAGACGCGGAGACAGUGCUGAAAGAACAUAGAGAAAAAUACAAGGGCGACGUCUUCAAAAUCCAUCUUCAUCCUCGGAAAAGCAAGUCGGGAUGAUAUCGAAAAUAGCAAGAGCAUAAACUACACACGUUAACCUCCAAAACAAACCCAGUAUUAUGAUUUUAUGAUAUUAGGAUUGUUUUAAAACGAGAGGUGAAAGAGUUUGUUGGAUUGUAGAUAGGAACCGUUACUAUAUCCGGAUAGACAGAGACGGGAGGCAGAAAGAAGAGAAAAAAACGUUUAAUGAAAUUGUUUUGUCUUUAUUUUAUUUUUAUUUUGACUGAAACUUCCUUGGACUUUUGCCUGAAACAUUUUUUGUGGAUUUUGAGCUAGCGAGCUUGCUUGCUAUAAAUUGUCAAUCAUGGAAUUGAGAGUGGGAAACCGAUACAGACUGGGUAGAAAAAUUGGAAGUGGAUCAUUUGGAGAUAUUUAUUUGGGUACUGAUAUCUCCGUAGGAGAGGAGGUGGCCAUCAAGCUAGAAUGUGUGAAGACCAAGCACCCACAGCUUCACAUCGAGAGCAAGAUAUACAAGAUGAUGCAGGGAGGAGUGGGUAUCCCAACCAUAAAGUGGUGUGGGGCGGAGGGGGACUACAACGUGAUGGUGAUGGAGCUGUUAGGACCUAGUCUGGAGGACCUGUUCAACUUCUGCUCGCGCAAGUUCUCCCUCAAGACUGUCCUGCUGCUGGCUGACCAGAUGAUCAGCCGUAUAGAGUACAUCCACUCUAAGAACUUCAUCCACAGAGAUGUGAAGCCAGACAACUUCCUGAUGGGCCUGGGCAAGAAGGGUAACCUGGUGUACAUCAUCGACUUUGGCCUGGCCAAGAAAUACCGAGACGCUCGCACACACCAGCACAUCCCCUACCGCGAGAACAAGAACCUGACCGGCACCGCACGCUACGCAUCCAUCAACACACACCUGGGAAUCGAGCAGUCUCGUCGUGAUGACCUGGAGUCUCUUGGUUAUGUCCUGAUGUACUUCAACCUGGGCAGUCUGCCCUGGCAGGGCCUGAAGGCAGCCACCAAGAGACAGAAGUACGAACGCAUCAGUGAGAAGAAGAUGUCGACCCCCAUCGAGGUCCUCUGCAAGGGAUACCCAUCGGAGUUUGCCACGUACCUGAACUUCUGCCGUUCUCUGCGGUUCGAUGACAAGCCGGACUACUCGUACCUCAGACAGCUGUUCAGAAACCUGUUCCACAGACAGGGCUUCUCCUACGACUACGUCUUCGACUGGAACAUGCUUAAGUUCGGUGCUAACAGGGCAGCGGAGGAUGCAGAGAGGGAGAGGAGAGCCGGUGAGGACAGACUGAGGCAGGGACAGGCCAGGGCCCCUGCAGGGGCAAGAGGGAUCCCCUCCGCCUCCGGGCGAGCCAGAGGAGCACAGGACGCAGCCGCACCCACACCCCUCACACCCACCUCACACACAGGUAUGGAGCGAGAGAGGAAGGUGAGCAUGCGUCUUCACCGUGGAGCUCCUGUCAACAUCUCCUCCUCAGACCUGACUGGACGACAGGACUCACGCAUGUCCACCUCACAGGCUCUCUCUCGUGUCACCCCCAGUGGCCUCCAGUCAGCAGCCCCUCGAUGAGUCCCUCUGUCCCCCAUCACCACCAUCAUCACCAUGGAGGGUUAAACCAUGCACGGCCCUAACCAUACCACCUCCCCCACACACACCUCGAUACACACACUUCAAUACCUGGAGAACUCUUACUGAAACAACCAGUCAAAAGGCAGGACAAGGACCUCUACAUCCGCAAUUAGCUCCAACCAGCCAAUCAAAACACACAGACUGUGAUGCUCUUCCCCUUUGACAUCAACUGUUCUCUGCUAAGUAACAAGCUCAUGCUGUUGUAACAGGUUGGACGACACACACACACACACACACACAGCUCAGAGAGCGUUCAGCCGUGCUCUUGAUAUGACUUCCUGUCAGAGGAGGUCUGGCGUUGAACGCGGAGGAAAUGAGAGGGAGAUGGAGGAUGAGGAGAUGAGAGAAAGAGGGGAUAGAGGGAUUUUGUUGCCUCUACCACCCUGGCACACCCAGAACAGUCACUUGCCCCCCUACCCCUCCCCUCUGCCAUCGUGACCCCCAGGGAGGACAAUGUCAUGGGGCGCCCAGACCUGCUUAACGCCCCUUACAUUCCUCCUCCAUCACUUCUAUCUUCUCUCCCUCUCCUCCAUCACUUCUAUCUCCUGUCUCCUCGAUGCUAAAACAGAUCCUCCUCCCAGCCUGCCAGUUGGCCUCCAGAGCUGCUGCUGUGCUGAUGAAGACAUUCGUUUGCUUCUCUUUCCCUCACUGUCUUUUACUUCACUGUCAUUUUGUUUAGUUGUUUAGUUUUCCUCUGUUUUGUAUUUAGGUGAAGUUGAUUAAAAAGUAGUUUGUACUGGCGGUGUUCUGUUCUGACUACACUGACUGUCCUCUGUUUUGCUGUUAUAAUACGGUUGAGCAUAUCAACUGAAUCAUGCCAAUCAUGAAUUGUGUCCGAGUGAAAAGUCAAGUGGGUUUUUUGUUUUAAAGAGAUAUGAUGGAAGAAAUAUUGAAUGAAUAACCCCUAAUGGCAACUCUGGAGGUCACAUUAGAGGUCUGUUUGUGCAACUGGAGAUGGCCUGGCUUCCAUUUUGUGUCCCACAAUGCAAUGCCUAGAAAGAGACGACCAGUCUCCAACUUGACAGUGGGUUUGUAGAAAUGGAACCAUUUACAGAGGGAAGACCUUUUGUGCGUCCCAAACACCCCCGUAUUCUCUAUGGGCUCUGGUCAAAGGUAGUGCACUAUGUAGGGAAUAGAGUACCGUUUGAGACGUGACCUUCUCUGUUGUUUUUAAAGGGGACUGUGAGAAAGCGAAUCCUCUACUGUUCUUAAGGUAACUGUGUGUGUUUGACUGUUUUAAAUAAGGGGUGGUUGUUUGUGAGGGUGUCUCUUGUACAUUGGGAUGGGGUUAGGGCUGAUGUCUUCUCUACUAGUUAGUCUGUUUCUCCAUCACCUCUUCUCUCUUCAGCCUCCCCUUCUGCUGUUGGUGUUCUGGGGCUGAAAGCUGUGAAUCACCAGUCUCCACUUUCAUGUAGCAAUUUUUUUUUUUUACUUGUUGGUCAGUAAAAGUUGUGUGUUGGGGUGGGUGUUGGGGGUGGGGGGUCUGCUUUAAAACACCCGUUUCAACCUAUGGUUUCAAUCCACCACAAUCUCAAACUUUUAUUUUUAUCAAUCAAUAUUUGAAAAUGUUUUUAACUUAAUGAAACUACGUUUUUAAGAAAAAGUGAUCUGUAUUACCAGAGAGCAAAGUCGGACUUUGCCAGCGAGCAAAGUCACGGUUGGUGGAUGUACAGUAGACUACCGACCAAUGCUACGGUUCUCUCUCUUCUGGUUGUCCUAUUGGUUAGGUCAGGCUUCUGAGAGGGCCAACCCACUGGUCACAUCACUCAGUGUAGUACCGCGUCAGGGUGCUGUAGGCCUUUUCUGUAGUCUGGGUUAAAGGGGGUUUAGUGGUAGCUUGUUCCUAGAUCAGUUUGUGUUGUCAACUUUAUCACUCAAUGCGUUGCGAUGAGUGACAAGGAGUUGGCAAGACGGUACAAACAGAUCGGGGACCAGACUAGUUUAGUGGUGGUCCGUCUUCUGUUCUCAUGUAUGUAGGAUGUGCCUAGUACUCAUGGUGAAAUACCAUGUCUGCAUUUAGGAGCUGGUAGGAGUUCCAGGAUCAGAUGUAUUGUUUUCCUCCUAAUGGUUAAGGUUAGGAGUUAGUUGGAUAACCUGAUCCUAGAUCUGUGGUUAAGGGUAAGUUCUACCUCCAGCUCUGUAUUAGCCACUGUGUGUGUGUGUAUUAUGAUGAAGAAGGAAUUGUAUGGAGGGGUUUGAAUGCUUUGCUCCAUUGUAGUUUUGGGUAAGUUAGUUUUAAACCCUCGAACCGACCAGCUGGUGGUCUCAAAAAAAGAAACUCCCACCUCAUUGUCUUCAGUGUUGGAUUGUGGAUAAUGAAGAUGAAGGCAAGUACGCUUCUGUUAAAUACACUUCUUUACUUGGGAUCAUUUGUUUCUUUCUUUUGUCAUGUCUUUCCCUCUCUCUGUUUUAUUUCUGUUUUUAUUUCCUGGUUGUUUUGGGUUUGCAUUUCUGCGCAGGACUGACUCCGGAACCUUGCGUUGGUUCCCACAAUGCAUCACUCACUGAGUCACGGGAAGUGUUGUCGUCAGUUUUGCUCCUCAGUUGUAAUGCCACUGUAUUUGUGUAUUUUAAAAUUGUGUAAAUAAAUGAAUAAGUCCUUGUA